AUGACAACUCUUCUGGGCCCGAUUACUCGCCGAUUUUUGAGCGCCACUCAGAUUGCGCGGAGUUUGACACGAGCAGAGGUUCCCGGAGAGCAGUUGGAUGCUAAAAGAGCACGCCUUCUAUAUCAGAGCAAAAAGCGAGGAAUCCUGGAAAACGACAUUCUACUUGGCAAUUUUGCAGAGGAGAACCUGAAGAAAAUGAGCGAACCCGAGCUGAAAGCUUAUGAUAAACUUAUCAAUGGAGAGCACAUGGAAUGGGACCUUUUUUACUACCUUUCAAAUAAGAAGACACCUCCAGAAGACGUCGAGAAAUGUUCAGUUUAUCAGAAAGUCAAGAAGUUCGUAGAUGAGAAAAGAGUGCCGAGAUCUUGA